GUCACCGGCGCAUGCGAGCACACGACCAUUUACAAUUAAUUGUCUCGGAACCUUCUUUGUCUGACCUUUGCAGGCCAAAGGAGCGACAGUCCCUACGACGCCGUGGUGUCCAGUCUUGUCCCGCCAGACAUGCACCACCACGGAACCAGCAAUGAUCCUUGAUACUGCGGCAAAGUUUUGCCUUGCUGUUCUUCUUCUGCUGCCGCUAUCGCACCAUCAGACAUUCGCCCGCGGCGACGCAGACUUCCUCGAUGUGCGUACGAACCUCGACCGUGAUCGAAGUGGAAAAGGUGGGGACCCCAAAGACAAAUACUUCCACGAGUCCGUCUUCCAUCCUCACUACGAUGGUCGCUUUGCCGCGACUCAACUGGGCAAGGAAGAUCGACUUCCGCACCUCACAACGCUCAUGCAGACGUUUCUAGCUACCAUGGCAGACAUUGGCGCCGAAACUUGGAUCAUGCACGGGACAUUGCUUGGUUGGUGGUGGAACCAAAAGAUACUGCCAUGGGACUCGGAUAUCGAUGUGCAGGUGUCGGAGAGGACCAUUGCUUUUCUGGCUAAGUUCUACAACAUGACCGAGUAUCAUUUUCGGCUUCCUGGCGUGAAGAACGGCCGGACUUACCUGCUCGAAGUCAAUCCGCACUACACCAUUCGCGGUACCGAGGACAAACUGAACGUUAUUGACGCAAGGUGGAUCGACACCGACACUGGCCUGUUUAUUGACAUCUCCACCGUCCGAGCCAACUACACCGCCAGAGCCGAAGGAAUCGAAGGCGCUCUCAUGUGCAAAGACCGACACCAUUACCUGGAACGAGACAUAUUCCCUCUCCGCGAUAGUUUCUUCGAAGGCAUUCAUGUCAAAAUACCAUUCGAAUAUGCAUCUUUGCUGGAAGAGGAGUAUGGCAAGAAAGCUUUGACACUCACAACCUUCGAACACCACAAGUUCAACCAGACAAGCAAACUAUGGGAACCGAUGAAGACUAUAGGGAGACCCGCGAGGAAACGACCACCGUCGCGAAGACCACCAUCUGUACCCUGAACCACUGUGACUGUAUAGGACGACAAGAUCUGCAUUUACUGGUGUCCCUGCAUAGCGACGGUGUUUGGAUGUUAUCAUUAGCCUUUUUUGCGUUCAGAAGGCAUG